AUGCUGGGGAGGGUGGUGGACGCCGCGCGCAGGCGUGCGUCGUUCACCACCAGGCGGAAGGAGAAGCGCGGGAAGGCGGAGGGCGUGCCCCACGAGGUGGUGUCCUACGACGACAAGCUGUCCAGAAAGUCCAAGUCCCGGUCGUGCGACGCUCCACCGGUGCCCAUCUUCCACCGCCGGGUGUUCUCCCUUCCAGGAGACGCUUUCUACCCGGACCAGCGGCCGGUGUGCGUCCUGCCCAAGGGGGCGUCCUCGGAGCUCAUAAGGGGCCUGCAGAGCGGCCACAAGUCGGACCAGAGGCACGCCGUGAGGGUGCUCAGGGACGGCGAGGCGGGCUUGAGGGUGGCAUUCGUGGGGGCCGGUGGGGUGCCCGUCUUGAUGGAGCACCUGGCGGUGAAGCGGCCGCCCAAGGAGGCGCUGCAGUGCCUGGUGGCCUUCCUACAGGAUGCCAAGAGGGAGGUGCACUCACAAUUCGUGGAGCAUGGGGCGGUUGCAGUCGUGGCCAGGCAGCUCUCGGGCGGCACGCGGUCGUGCAGGAAAUGGGCGGCCCGGGCCGUGCCUCAACUCGUGGCCGGCGACCCGGACGCCCAGGGGGAGGUGGCCAGGGCAGGCGGGGUUGAGUCCCUAAUGGCGAUGCUGCACAGCGCCAAGGAGAAGAGGCGGGAAGCCGCCGCUGCUGCCCUUGCCAGCUUAGUUAAGGACAGCCAGAGCGCGCAGAGGCAGAUCGCCCUGCAUGACAGGCUGGCCGACCUCAGCACGAUGUUGCCCAAGGGGAGGGCAGGGACAAGGUCGAUGGUGGCGGCCACCUUGGCGAAUGUGAUUGCCACGAACCCCGCUUGUCAGGCCAGGGUUGCUGAGUACGGCGGCGAGCACUUGCUGAAGGCAAUGAGGGAGGUGGACGAGGGGUUGAGGAGGGAGUCCCUGCGGGCCCUUGCGUACAUAACGGCUGUGCCGGAGGGGCAGAGGAUUGUGGUUGAGAAGGAGGGGGUCCGGAAACUUCUGGAGCUGAUCGACUCGGGGCAGGCCAUGCAUGAGGAGUGGGCGCUGGAGGUGUUGCUCAAUCUGACUGGCAAGGAGGGCCUGACACCUCAAUCGGUUUGGGAGGACCUUGUGAACUGCCUGCUGAAAGUGCUGCUGAAGGGCACGGCGGGCUGCCAGGAGAAGAGCCUGAGGGUGUUGGCCCAACUAUCCCAACUGAGAAGCUCCAGUGAGUGGCAAGUAGGGGAGGGUCAGCUGAUUCCCCUGUCAGUAUCCCUUCUGACAAAGCGUAGCAUGGCAAUUCAGGAGGGGGCAGCUUGUGUGUUGGCGAACAUAGCCGAUGUACAAGAGAACAGAAGGAAGAUUUACGACUCAGGGGCUAUCAAGCCACUGGUGGCCAUCCUGGGUGGGCAGCACCUGUCCACACGGCAGUGGGCAGGACUCACUUUGUCCAAGCUGGCAAGCUCAGACGAUGCUGUGCUGGACAUGGUGAAUGAGGGUGUGGUGCACACGCUGGUGCAGGUGCUCAGCGAGGGGUCCAGCAGCCGCGAGAAGUGGGCUGUUCAAACACUGAGCACGAUCGCAAAGGCGCCUCAUCCAUGGGUACGGGGCCUGAUGUGCAACGCAGGCAGCAUCGACGUACUGCUGAGUUUCGUGUCCAGCAGCGCGCCCAAUAUGCAGCUUGCAUCACUGGCUUGCCUUGCCAACUUGGUGGAUGGCCACCAAGAGAGUCAGCAAAUGGUGCUGGGCGUCGGCAUACAGCCGCUGAUCCAGCUGCUGCUGCGAGGGGAGCCUGAGCUGCAGGGUGCGGCUGUCCACGUCCUGGCACACUUGUCCCACCUGGAGCCGUGCAAGUGCGACGUGUCAGGGUGGCCGAGCAUCCGCGCCUUGGGCAGGCUGCUGCAGGCAGACGAGCCGCUUGUGAGGAUGGGCGCUGCUACAGUGCUGGCUGACGUGGCGACCAUACGGGGCCCUGCCACUGUCAUGCAGAAGAUGCACAACAUCCUCAUCCUGCUGGUGGACAUAUUGCAGGCCGAUAUGCGGGAGGCCAGGUGCCAGGCUGCGCGGGCGAUCGGUAACCUGGCGAUGCAUUCACAGGAGGCCAGGAGCCAGUUUGGGGCAUGCAGCCAGGUCCUGACUGGCCUGGUGGACGCCCUUGACGAGCCUGGCACCUCUGGCCUCAACACAAGGGCUCAGGCUGCCCAUGCCCUCGCCAACCUGAUGUUUCAGGAGCCCACAUUGCAAACCCGUGUGGCUCAGCUUGGAGUCGUGCGCCCAUUGGUGGACAUGCUGCAUGUUGACAACCAUGACUGCAACGUUCAGGCUGCCAAGGCUUUGGCACACCUUGUGGAGGACCACCACGCCAACAACGUGGCUGUGUCACUGGGGGGAGCCAUGGAUCGCCUUCUGCAGCUGCUGGCGGCCGGCAGCGACGAGGCAAAGUGCCAUUCCGCACACGUCAUCGCCAACCUCACGCAUCACAGCACCAGCAACCAGUUGGCGAUUGUGAAUGGGCGCGGGGUGCCCAGCCUGGUGAGCCUGCUCAACGGGGACGAUGAUGUGGCGAGGGGCCACGCCGUGAGGGCCUUUGCUAACCUGGCGUCCAGCAACGAGGUGGCGGUGGUGGAUUCGCGGAGGGCUGCGAUCGCACCCCUCGUGUCAAUAAUCAGCUCGUCCAACGACAAGUGCAGGGAGCAAGCUGCACGUGCCUUGGCGAACUUGGCCUGCAGCGGGGAUGAACAAGAGUUGAUUGCAAAAGAGCAGGGGAUACCCCCGCUGGUGCACCUUGUGCGAACGGGCACCCCCCCGGCAAGGGAGCAGGCAGCUCGAGCCCUGGCGAACCUGUCGUGCAAGGAUGUCAAUCUGCCUGCUAUCAUCGAGCACGACGGAAUCCGUGCACUGGUGUCCUUGCUGAGGUCACCCAACGGGCCAUGCAGGAAGCAGGCGGCAGGGGCGCUGGCCAAUCUGGCGUGCAAUAACUCUGACAAUGGCACGGCUGUGGUGGAGGCUGGGGGCGUGCCUGACCUGGUGGAACUCCUGUCGAGUGACUCAGAAGCAUGCCGGGAGCAAGCGGUGAGGGCUGUGGGCAACCUGGCUUGCACUUAUGAUAAUCAGCAGGCCCUCAUUCAGGAGGGCGCCGCCAAGCAGCUCAUCGCACUGCUGAAACGAAUCGAGGAGAGGGAGGGAUGCAAACAGCGGGUGGUGCGCGCCCUGGCCAACUUGGCAGCGGACAAUGAAGAUAAUCAGCUGGUGAUUAUCCGUGAGGGGGCGGUGGAGCCCCUCAUGCAGAUGCUGUCGAACAGGGACAGUAGAUUCCAGGAGGAAACAAAGCGUGCGCUGAUGCUGUUGGCUUGUGGAACGGACAUCAAGCUGCAGCCCACCAUGGACGAUUCAGCAGACGAUAUCCAGUCCGGCAGGGCAAAGGUAAUGGCUGCGGUGCUGGGCGUGCGGCUCAACUUCCGCAACUCGGGCGUCGCCAGGAUGCACUUCAUGGCGGAGUCUGGCGACAACGAGGGCGUGCCGCGCCAGCUGCUGUGUCCCAUCACACACGAGCUCAUGGAAGACCCAGUGGUGGCGCACGAUGGUCACACAUACGAGAAGUCCGCCAUCGUGGAGUGGUUCAGGAACAGGAACUCGUCGCCGAUGACUAACGAGCAGUUGAAGAGCACCCACGUGGUGCCCAAUUUGCUGCUUCACGCGAUCAUCUCAGACUUCCAAGAGUCCAAGGGGGGGCGGGGGGCGGGGCCGUGA